GGCCAAAUGUUCCUAUGUUCCAUUCUUCCCUUGUAAAGGAUCUCUCUAGAACUCAUGUUGAUAUUAAUUACUUGUUCUUUUCAGCAGGAAAAGCUAGCCAAAUUUAGUCUUUAACGAUGAGGAUGAAGAUGGCAAUGACGUGCUCGAGCUCAAAGAAAAACUCGGUGCCUGUAACCUUGACUCAUGUCCUGAUCAAUCAGCUGUGCCUAAACUACCAACCAAGAAGAAAGAACCUAGCAAUUAAAAGGGCUGCUGCUGCUGCACAGAAGAAGAAGUCCUUGGCAGCUGUUUCGGAGAUAUCUGAUGAUGAUGAAGACUUUGAGCUAGAAGUUGUUGCUGUGCUCCAGAAACUGGGAAAAAGUGAGAAAGAUGAGGGCAUCUCCAUUCAACAAGAAAAGUGGUUCGGUGUUGGGCAGGGUUGGUGAGGAAAAUAAGGCAACUGAAAGAUGAAGAAAAUUCGGGUUCUGCUUUUAUUUCUGCCAGUACUUAAGAAACUAUUGAAGUUGCACCAGCAAGAGCAAGACCUCAAAGGGUGAACCGCAGGCAGACAAGGUGUGUGUUGAGUGACUCUGAAAGUGAACAUGCCACUGAGGAUUCCGACUUUGAUGAAGAAGAGGGUCUAAAGUAGUUGUUCUGUUGAGAAGCUGACUGAAAAACUCUCAUGGAAAACCCUUUUCGCUCCAUUAACAUGAAUUUAAUUAGUCAAUUUAUUAGUGAACAAGAGAGGAAAUCAGCAACAUUAAAAUUACCUUCU